CCUGUAGGGGCAGCAGUACACGUCCCGUGUAGUCUACAGUACCGGAAAUAGACAAGAAGACGAAGAAGAAAAAAAGGCUCUACUCCGCUAGCUAGCUAGCUACUGCUGGGAAGUAGCGACAACAUUUUCAGGAUAUUAUCAUAAUGAGUUAUGCAGAGAAGCUGGAGGACAUAACAAGGGAAGAGUGGAUGGAAAAACUCAACAAUGUCCAUAUUCAAAGAGCUGAUAUGAACAGGCUCAUUAUGAACUACCUGGUGACAGAGGGCUUCAAGGAGGCAGCUGAGAAGUUCCGGAUGGAGUCUGGGAUAGAGCCUAGUGUGGACUUGGAUUCCCUAGAUGAGAGGAUUAAGAUCAGAGAGAUGAUCCUGAAGGGACAGAUACAGGACGCCAUUGCACUGAUCAACAGUCUGCACCCAGAACUACUGGAUACUAACCGUUACCUCUACUUCCACCUACAGCAGCAGCAUCUGAUUGAGCUGAUUCGUUUGAGGGAGACUGAGUCUGCCCUCGAAUUUGCCCAGUCUCAGUUAGCAGAGCAGGGGGAGGAGAGCCGAGAAUGUCUGACCGAGAUGGAGAGGACACUGGCCCUGCUGGCAUUCGACAACCCUGAGGAGUCACCUUUUGGAGAUCUGCUCAAUAUGAUGCAGAGACAAAAGGUAUGGAGUGAAGUGAAUCAGUGUGUGCUAGACUAUGAAAACAAAGAGUCAACCCCCAAGCUGGCCAAGCUCCUGAAGCUACUGCUGUGGGCUCAAAAUGAACUUGACCAAAAGAAAGUGAAGUAUCCGAAAAUGACAGACCUCAGCAAGGGCACCAUCGAAGACCCAAAAUAAAGAACCACAGUGAAAACAUACCGCAGCAUGACAAAAUGGACAUAUUUCCUUUAUCUAUUUAUACCCCAACAAAACUCAUAGAGUACAACCUUUUCUUUUUUUGUAAGGGUUGCUUUUUGAUACUUUAAUAACUUAGAAUGUGCAAACUGGAUUGAUGGCAUCAUUUUAAAAUGACUUCUCACACUAAAGUAACAUGCAGACCAUUAUUUUACUUGGUAUUAUAAUUUACAUAUUUGUUUAUGUAAAAUUAGUCUAUUAGCAACACUAGUUUUUUCUGUCUGUUGGCAGGGAAAGUUGUUUGCAUAGGAGGGUGUGAAUAAAGCCUAAAUUAGGCUGUCACUUUCUGUGUGUGACCAGUUUGAUGUUCAGGGAUGGCUCGGUGUGAACUGCCUCAAAUAAACACAAACCUUUUCCUUACACAUUUCAGCUUGUAGUAUUUAGCUAGUGCUCUAUGUGACAGCAAGAUACUUGGGAUCUUUCAAACUACUGUGACUUUGAAAGUUAAAUUUAGCUUAAGAUUCGUACUGCAUUAUUGCUUGAGACAUUAUUGAAAAAUGCAAACCUAGAAAAGAAAAUUUCAAGCUAUACAUCACGGCAGCAAUUUACAAGUGGGACAAGGCAAGAUUCCUUGAAUGCUAAAAACGUUGCAGCGUACUGUGACUGUGCACGCUUAAAGGCAGCCUCAGAUUCAUACUGUUAUACAAUAUUAUAGAUGAUAUUAAAAGAUGUGAAUUAAUAAAUCUAUGUCCACAGACAUGGAGACACUUUUACAGAUGGAAUAUUUACAUGUAUGGAAUAGGUAGCUCUUUAGCAAAAAUUUGAUGUGCUUUUUUUGCUGGGAUAUUAUUUUGCAAUAAAAGUGACUUUUAAACUGCAA